GAGGGGGGGGCUAAGAAAUAGAGUUAGGUUGAGAGUCCUUUGGUUCGGUGGCUGAGCCAUGGCGGGUGUAGUUUCCUAACGGCGGUGCGGUUGGAAUUGCGACUUCGGCCUCCGGUUACCCGCAUUUGGUCUGGCCGCAUUCCCCCGGACAUGUCUCCGAUCUAUCUGCCACUGACAGUGGGCGUCGCCGCCGUUCUCCUGAGUUGCUACUGUACGGUGGCGUCGGCAACCGGCGUGCAGGAUGAGGAGAAAGCGGCCAAGGUGGAUCCAGCAGUGCGGAAAAUAACUUCUCCACAUCCUGUGAAUAAUGUUGUAAGUGAUGAAUCCAUUACCAAAACAAACCUGGGUUUCAUACAUGCCUUCAUUGCAUCUAUAUCAGUCAUUAUCGUCUCUGAGCUGGGUGACAAGACGUUCUUCAUAGCAGCAAUUAUGGCCAUGCGCUACAAUCGCCUGACUGUGCUUGCUGGGGCUAUGCUGGCUUUGGGAUUGAUGACCUGUUUGUCUGUUCUCUUUGGCUAUGCUACUACAAUAAUACCCCGGAAGUAUACGUACUAUGUAUCAACUGCACUAUUUGCAAUAUUUGGCUUCCGAAUGCUUUGGGAAGGCUUGAAGAUGAGUCCUAAUGAAGGUCAAGAAGAACUGGAAGAAGUGCAAGCAGAAAUCAAGAAGAAAGAUGAGGAUCUUCAACGAUCAAAAGUGGCAAAUGGUCCACAGGAUAUUGAAACAGGCUCAACAACACAUCUGCCACAAAAGAGGCGAUUGCAUUGUAUUUCUCCAGUUUUCAUUCAGGCAUUGACUCUUACAUUUCUGGCAGAGUGGGGAGAUCGGUCGCAGUUAACUACCAUUGUAUUAGCUGCUCGGGAGGAUCCCUUUGGUGUUGCUGUAGGUGGGACACUAGGACACUGCCUUUGUACUGGAUUGGCAGUAAUUGGAGGAAGGAUGGUUGCUCAGAAAAUUUCAGUUAGAACUGUGACCAUCAUUGGUGGAAUAGUUUUCUUGGCAUUUGCACUCUCUGCCUUGUUCAUCAGUCCUGACAGCGGAUUUUAAUGGCAUGUUUUCGGAUUGUUGACCAAGAUUACCCAUUUCUGAUCCUGAUUACUAUUUUUGUAAAUGUACGAAGUAUCAACACACUGGAGGAGACUUGAUAUGGACCUGCACUUCCUGUACAGUUCAUAUUUUAGCUACAGAAGGCAGUCUUUUUGAGUUUUUUUCCAAAUCAGACAACUUCUGUUUCCUGUAUAAAUAUGUCAGUAAGUGGAUGCCUUGCUGCUCACGGAACACAAAUAGUUAAAGAUGCAUUGGAAAUUUAACUUGGAAGAGGAUUCUUUUAAAUGAUUUUUCAUAAGCGGAAUCUGAACAUUAACAAUGAAGUAAAUGUUCCUACAAUCCUCGGUCUCUGAAAAAUGUUGCUGAGCUAUUUUCCUGUUUAAAACACUCCUUUUGGUUUUUUCUCAUGGACACUGUGCUUAUUCAUGUAAACAGUCAAUUGAAAAUGUCUUCUACCUCCCCCAUCGACCAAAGGGCCUCCAUUGCAUUAUUUAAAGGGAUCAUUUUGUCAAGCAAUGCAAAACUCAGUACAGUAAUAAGUUGAAGUAAUCUGACAUGGCUAGGAAUGCUUUGUCAAAUAAACAGAUGAUAUUGAGGUUGUUUAAAUCAAUAGAUGGCCCACAGUUAUAAGAUUUCUGUUUUAUAAUUCGAAUACUUAGGUUGGUGAGAUGCUUUUUAAUGUGAUCAGCAUUUAAUUUGUAACUUCUAUAUUGAUCCUGCCAAUUGGUCCUAUUUCAUUUGUUAAUAUCUGGUGAGUACAGUUCUAUAAAUACUUGCAACUUCCACUAAGUUUCCAAUCAGACAACAUAAAGAUAAUCAAAUAGCAUUUUCUAAAAGUUAAAAGCAGAGGGAUUUAUGAGGGAUUUAUACUGUCAAUCUGUCAAAUUAUUAGGAGAUCCGAAGGAAUUUUUUUUAUAAGGAGUUCUGUGCUGCAAUUUACUUUUGAUGUCCGCUCUAUAAAUGUCAGUGAAUGCCACCUUUGUGCAAGGUAGUUGUUAAAGCUUGGUCUUUUAACUAUUAAGUUCAUACUGACACUAUUUUUGCAAUGCAUUUAAGCCUGUUUUAUGUGUAGAUAGUGCAGACUCUUUGACAUGGAAUAGGAUCAACAAUUGAUUAGUUACAUAAUUACUUACUGCUUUUUUUGCAUUGUUCUGAAAGGGGAGCUUUCUGAAUGCUGAAACUGCAAAGCAGCAAGACAGGCCUUGAAAAAUGUGAAUAGGUAUAGCAGCAGCAUGAUUUAUUCCACUGCAGCAUUCCUUUUUGCGUUAAAUAAGCACUUUUAUUUUGCGAUUGCGAUGUGUGACAACUAUUUAAAUUAUCGUUUAAACAGCUAAAUUUAUCUUCCAUCUUAUAAAAUUAUGUGAACAGUAAAGGUGAUCAUGCAGCCCACUAAAUAUAGUUAGCAAACACUCACAACAUAUUGUAUGUACUGCUCUAUCGUUUGUCUUGCUAUGAAGAUUCAAAAACAACUUCUACUCAGCUUUUUACAGAAAGUUAAAUAGAGUAAUGGUACACUUUGACAUGACUAUAACUGGAACUAAAAUCUGGGAUCCUUGAAUCUCACUUGCCUGUGGCAAAUCAACAUGUGUCUUGGCAGGUAACUAAGACAAUUUUAUACAGUCAGAGGAAAUAUAAGAAUUGUGUAUGUGUAUAAUGUAUGAAAUCUUCAGAUUAGCAUAUUGAAGAGCAAUAGCAAGGAAAUGGGAAUUAAAGCAGAGAUUACCCUAGUGUGCUAAUAGAGGAAUCUUUCCUGUGUUCGUUAAAGCAUGUUUUGUAAAAUGUUGUUUUUGAUAUACUGUUCCUCACCCCCUCUGGAGAAAUCAUGGUGGGGAUGGGGUAGCCACCAUUACUUGACAACUUAUGCAAUGUCUCAGUGUGGGAAAUGAUUUUUAAUGCUUUUAACAUCAGCAAGUUAAUCAGUUGCAUUAUGAUUGCUUGUCAGAGGACCAAUACUACAGUAUUGUUGCUGAACAACCACCUCAAUUUCCAUACUAGGAGGAAGAAAUUUAUAAAUUUGCCCCUGAACUACAGACACUGACUUUUAAUAUGUACCCUUUUUAAUUUCAAAGGUACCAGGGCAGCAUUUUACUUGACUGUUCUAUGGAAAAACAACUAACUUUUUUUGUUUCCAAAGCAUGAACUUGAAAUCUAAUUGCUCUGCAAUUCUGGUGCAGCUAAUGCGGUUUUUCUGUUGGUAUAAAGUUCAGAUCUCAGCAGAGACACCACAAAUGUAAGGUGUGACUUCAUCUGUACUGAGUAUCUCUUUCUCAUGAUUAAAGAUUUUGUCUUUUGAGUUAAGAACUUGGAGAAUUCUUGGUUUUGCAGCCAUUCACCCGUGUGAGAGGAAAAAACACUGACAGAGUCUUAAAUGAUUUGAGAAACUGAUCUUGUUGUAAAAUAAGUUUCCUGAAAACCCAUCUAUUUGCAUAAUUUGUAGCAAUUUUUUUUUCUUCGUUGUGCAUUAUUGUAACAUGCCUUCAGUUUAGUUUGUGUUAAACGUUAUAACUAUUUAAACUCCCAGCAUUAACUUAAAUUGAAUCAGUAAUGCCAGUAAUUACUAUGUUUGCACUAUUGGAGAAGUUGUACAUUACGUAAAACCUAACCAUUUUUGUCUAAGAUUGUGAAGGAAGCUUUGAAUUUUAAGAAACUGAGACCUUGACUGAUAAGGGGUUUGCAUUGUAAUCUUUUAUUUAAUCUAUUUCUAAAUUGAAUGGUCUUAACUUAAUUAUAAUUGAAUAACAUAAAUAGUACAGCACAGUACAGGCCCUUCGGCCCACAGUGUUGUGCCGACCCUUAAACCCUGCCUCCCAUAUAAUCCCCCACCUUAAAUUCCUCCAGAUACCUGUCUAGUAGUCUCUUAAAUUUCACUAGUGUAUUUGCCUCCACCACUGAUUCAGGCAUUGCAUUCCACACACCAACCACUCUCUGAGUAAAAAACCUUCCUCUAAUAUCCCCCUUGAACUUCCCACCCCUUACCUUAAAGCCAUGUCCUCUUGUAUUGAGCAGUGGUGCCCUGAGGAAGAGGCACUGGCUAUCCACUCUAUCUAUUCCUGUUAUCAUCUUGUACACCUCUAUCAUGUCUCCUCUCAUCCUCCUUCUCUCCAAAGAGUAAAGCCCUAGAUGCCUUAAUCUCUGAUCAUAAUGCAUACUCUCUAAACCAGGCAGCAUCCUGGUAAAUCUCCUCUGUACCCUUUCCAAUGCUUCCACAUCCUUCCUCUGUAAUUGAAAUAAUAAACAAUCGUACUCUUGCCACAUACAGAUUUGUAUUUCAGUGACUGGGUGUAUUGUAACAAUCUGUUUUCAAUGUGGGUGCAAACUUAAUUGAUGCAGGUAGAUAUUGUUUGUGUCCCCAUGUGUUUAGUUUAUUGGAAAAAGUACUGUAUUUAACUAUUAUAUAUUUAGCACUUGAGACUUAAGGUAGAACUUCUACCCAAUUAAUCAUCAUAGCACCACCUGAUUAAAUCUAGCAAGAGAAAAUGUGCAAUAAUUAAGUUCACCUUAAUUCAUCAAAUUUUAUUUGCCUGUGUUGUACAGAUAUAUUUGCAUGGUUAGCUUUAACAUAGUAUAAUUUGAUUUAUGGAAUAUUUCUGGUGUAAAAAUUAGUGUGCAACAGUGUAAGUCAAUAACUAUGGGAGAAUUAUUGGGUUUAACUUGAUACAGGCUGAAACUUUAGUGCAGUUUUUUUGUGGUCUGGCAACUGGCGUAAUCUGUCAUGUUUUUAAUCUGUAGUACAGAUCUACAUUAACUAAUUAUAACUAAGAUUUAAUUAGGAUCUGUACAAGUCUAUAGUUAACUGACAUAUAGUGCAACUUUUGUGAUCCCAGCGGAUGGUGUUUCUGUGAUCUGGACAGCCCUGCCCUCUGAACCCUUGUAUAGACAUUCUCCAAGUUACACGUAGAAGAGUACUGUUUGGCUCAGGGUUGAUUUUCUGUGAUCUGGCACUAGUCAGGUUUCAAGGGUACUGAACUAGAAAUUUUCAAUCUAUAUAAGUGACUAUGCAGCAAAAGCUUGAUAAUUUAAUUUCUUAUUGUUUCACUGGAGACUUAAAAUUUGUGUGAAAUAUCAAAAGGUAUGCACACAGAGUAGUAUUAAUGGGAAAUAGUGCUCUGUAAUUUGCUGCCAGACCAGCAAGAUGUUUACAUUAAAUGCAUU